AUGAACAUAGGAUCCUAUGCCCAAUUUGUCAUUGAAAUGAAGCAAUUGAAAGGUUAUCAAGAUAUUUGUUCGGUUUUAUUGGCUACUGGGGGUGGCCACUUGGUUUAUCUGGAAAUCGGUGAUGGGAUAUUGACAGAAUUAAAACAUGCACAGUUGGAGUAUGAUAUCUCAUGCCUCGACAUCAAUCCAAUUGGUGACAAUCCAAACUACAGUCACCUUGCUGCAGUUGGAAUGUGGACAGAUAUAAGUGUUCGGAUAUUCUCACUUCCUGACCUGAAUCUCAUCACGAAGGAGAAUCUCGGAGGGGAAAUAAUACCUCGCUCUGUUCUUCUCUGUUCCUUUGAAGGGAUAUCUUACUUGUUAUGUGCCCUUGGAGACGGUCAUCUCUUAAACUUUGUAUUGAGCCUGAGCUCGGGUGAGCUAACAGAUAGGAAAAAGGUGUCUCUUGGGACACAACCUAUAACACUGCGUACUUUCUCAUCAAAGAAUGCCACACACGUGUUUGCUGCUUCAGAUAGACCAACUGUCAUUUACAGCAGUAACAAGAAACUACUCUACAGCAAUGUAAAUCUGAAAGAAGUCAGUCAUAUGUGCCCUUUCAAUUCUGCUGCUUUUCCAGACAGCCUCGCAAUUGCCAAAGAAGGUGAGUUAACGAUUGGCACCAUUGAUGAUAUCCAGAAGCUUCACAUCCGUUCUAUACCACUAGGAGAGCAUGCACGUCGUAUCUGCCAUCAGGAGCAGUCCCGGACCUUUGCUCUGUGUAGUUUGAAGUAUAACCAGUCAAAUACAGAAGAGUCUGAAAUGCAUUUUGUCCGCUUGUUAGAUGAUCAAACUUUUGAAUUCAUAUCAACUUACCCACUCGACCAAUUUGAGUAUGGUUGUUCCAUACUUAGCUGCUCCUUUUCUGAUGAUACUAACGUGUAUUAUUGUGUUGGGACUGCUUAUGUUAUGCCAGAGGAGAACGAACCAACCAAGGGCCGAAUAUUGGUUUUUGUAGUCGAAGAUGGGAAGCUGCAGCUAAUUGCUGAGAAGGAAACUAAAGGGGCUGUUUACUCGCUAAAUGCCUUCAAUGGUAAACUGCUCGCUGCCAUCAACCAAAAGAUUCAGUUGUACAAGUGGAUGCUCCGUGAAGAUGGUUCCCGUGAGUUGCAGUCUGAAUGCGGCCAUCAUGGGCACAUACUUGCCCUUUAUGUACAGACGCGGGGAGAUUUCAUUGUUGUAGGUGAUCUGAUGAAAUCAAUUUCUCUGUUAAUUUACAAGCAUGAGGAGGGUGCAAUCGAGGAGCGAGCUCGUGACUACAAUGCAAAUUGGAUGUCAGCCGUGGAAAUUCUUGAUGAUGACAUUUACCUUGGUGCUGAGAAUAAUUUCAACCUCUUCACAGUCCGAAAAAAUAGUGAAGGUGCCACUGAUGAGGAGCGGGGCCGUCUUGAGGUGGUUGGUGAAUACCACCUUGGUGAAUUUGUCAACAGAUUCAGACAUGGUUCUCUUGUCAUGCGAUUGCCAGAUUCUGAUGUUGGCCAGAUUCCCACCGUCAUUUUUGGCACUGUCAAUGGUGUUAUCGGGGUCAUUGCCUCACUUCCUCACGAGCAGUACGCGUUCUUGGAGAAAUUGCAGACACAACUGAGGAAGGUGAUAAAGGGUGUUGGAGGAUUGAGUCACGAGCAGUGGAGGUCUUUCUACAAUGAGAAGAAAACCGUAGAUGCUAAAAAUUUCUUGGAUGGAGAUCUAAUCGAGUCGUUCCUUGAUCUUGGCCGGAAUCGAAUGGAAGAUAUUUCGAAGGCAAUGAGUGUUCCAGUUGAGGAGCUUAUGAAGAGAGUAGAAGAAUUGACAAGGUUGCAUUAA